ACCCACUUCUUCCACAUGCAACAUUCAAUGCAGCCUUUUACAUUUCACACUAUUUACUUGUUUUGUCCCUCUUUAAGAUAUUUCUCGCGAUGUUGAAGGACUGGGUUCCAGGAAUAUCAGAGGUACCAUUUAGAUGUGUUGAAGCUGUUUCUUUCUGGGUUUUUGCUGAAAUGAGAGACCUUGGAGUUGGCUUCUUGUUUAAGCUGCUGAGCAGAUCGAUCUUUGCCAUUUUCAUCUGCAUUUUUGCUUUAGGAGGGGCGAUAGUGGGAACUAUCGUCGGAGCAAUGAAAGGGCAGACGACGGAAACUGGGUUUUGCCGGGGAGCUGGAAUCGGAGUCGUCACUGGAGCAAUCACAUCCGUUCAAUUGCUGGAAUCAUUGGCUGAUGGGGAGUCAUUGUCUAAGGUAGCAUUAUUGGUUAGCUUAGUAAAUGGGAAGGUUUUCAUUGAAUGGGUGAGUCCAGCAGUGCUGAAAGCAUAUCAAUGGCAGAUGAAUUCACUCGAAACGACGUACAGAGAAAUCUCGGACAUAUACGAUGUUAAUGGAGGAAAGGGUUUAUCUAAAAGUUGCAUUCAAAAGCUUCCGAUGCAUGAAUUUCGAUCUACUGAGAUGAUCAAAUCAAGGGAAGAAUCUUCUUGUUCGAUUUGUAUACAGGGACUAAAAGAGGGACAAAUGACAAGAAAUCUUCCGAGAUGUGGGCACAAGUUUCACAUGAAGUGCAUAGAUGAAUGGCUAAGCAGGCAAGGGACUUGUCCCAUGUGUAGAGAGCAUGUUCUCAGGGUUGAUGAUGAGUUGUAAAUCUUGGAAUUUCGAUUCACCAGAAAAGUGAGGGUUUUCCUUUUUAGUUGUGAGUUGUGCCAAUCUACCCUGAGAGAGAGAGAGAGAUAGAGAGAGGGGGGGGGGGAGGUUAAUGAUGGAUUAUGACGCAAAAAUAUGAAAGAGAGAAAAUUAUGUUGUAUAUAUAGAGUUAUAGACCAUUGGGAGGCUUUGUACCAACUUUUUGUUAUUUCAAAUCUCAUAAAAUAAGUUAUUAAUAUGUUA